AUGGCUGCGACAUCUGUAUUUGUCUCUGGUGCAACUGGCUAUAUCGCACAGCAUGUUAUUUUGCAACUUAUCGCCAAAGGGUAUAAGGUUGUAGGAACCGUGAGAUCUACUGAAAAGGGUGAAGACUUGAAGAAGAAGUUGAAGUCAGACAAUUUCACCUACGAAAUUGUGAAGGAUAUUGGUGUUGAAGGUGCAUUUGACGAAGCUCUCAAGGCACACCCUGAAGUUACAGUUUUCUUACACACAGCCUCUCCAUUCCACUUCAACGUUACUGACCCUGAGAAGGACUUGUUGAUUCCAGCUGUGGAAGGAACUAAGAAUGCUUUGUCUGCUAUUGCUACUUAUGGCCCACAAAUCAAGAAGGUGGUUGUCACAUCAUCCUACGCUGCAAUUGGCCACCAUGACGUGGACGCUGUUGCAAGUAACACCUUCACCGAAGAUUCAUGGAAUGAAAUCACCUGGGAGAGGUCCAAAGGUAAUGCUCUUGAUGGUUACUACGGUUCUAAGACUUUUGCUGAGAAGGCCGCUUGGGAUUUUGUCAAGGAAAAGAAGCCAAAUUUCACUCUUUCUACUGUCAAUCCAGUCUACGUUUUUGGGCCACAGGCAUUUGCCUCAGAUGCUACUGGUACUUUGAAUACCUCAGCCGAAGUUAUCAACUCAAUUCUCAAGUUGAAGUCUGAUGAUGAAGUCCCAUCAAGUGCUGCUGCAUUUAUUGACGUGAGAGAUGUUGCAGAAGCUCAUUUGGUUGCAUUUGAAAAUAAAGAUGUCGAGGGCCAGAGAUUGUUACUUUCUUCAGGUAGAUUUACCGGACAAGAUAUCUUGGACAUUGUUAACGAGAACUUUUCAAAGUAUGUCAAGGGUAGAAUCCCAACUGGUGUACCAGGCAGUGGAGCUGAAAAGAUCAAAACUUUAGCUACAAUUGACAACUCAAAGACGAGAAAGAUCAUAGGCCAUGAUUUUAUUGGCUUAAAGAAGACUGUAGUUGAUACUAUCCAACAAGUCUUGGACACCAAUGGAUCAAUUUAA